UUGGGAGUCAAGACUUCAGGACUGGCACAACAUUUGUUAAAAUGACAGAAAAAAAUUGUAAAAGAUUUGAAAACAAAGUGUAAAUACUAAAUAACUUGUAUUUUUGUAUGUGCUUGUAUGCCUUUGAAAAAGGAAUUCAUUUAACAAUCUGAGAGCAGAGACAAGUUUAGAAGUUUAAACUACCAAUAAAACAAAAUGGCUGCUGUAUCUUCAUUUCACAAAGGAUCAGACUCUUUUCUGGAUUUUAGUUGUUCACCAUGCAGUGAAGAAGGGAAGGAAACUGAAGCUAUAUUUUACUGUGAACAGUGUGUCCAUUUUUUUUGUGGCGAGUGUUGCAAACCUCAUACACAAUUGUUCAAGACACACAGCCCAUAUGGGAGGGGAGACAUGAAAAAAUGGCCAGUUUCCAAGGCCACCAAAGACUUGGUAGAAAAAUGUGAAGCACAUGCUGGUCAAAAAGUAAUGAUGUUCUGUGAGGACCACAGGGAACUGUGCUGUAGUAGUUGUUAUGUGGACAUUCAUAGGCAGUGCAGUGGGAUAAAAAUGAUUGCAGAAUCAGUACCUGAUAGUCCAGAGGAUCUUCAACAGCUUUUAGAAGGCAUGAACACAACUUUUGACAAGCUCAAUGAAAUGCAAAACAACCAAGAAAAGAGCAUACAGUCAGUUGAAAACUCAUUUUAUGACAUACAACAAGGUAUAAGAGAUUUCAGGCAAACAAUAAAUUCCGCUUUGGACCAGAUGGAAAGUGCAACAUGUACACAAAUGGCUACUCAUAGAUUUUCACUGACAGGCAACAUUAAGACCAAUGCUGAAUACUUUGCUCGGCAUAAGGGAGAACUGAAACAAUUGAGUGAAUCUUUGCAAGAGCUUGUGAAUAAAAAUAAGAAAGAACUGACCUUCAUCGCCAGCAGAAAAUGUCAUGACAAGAUGAAGUGGUCUGAAGAAAAUCUGGGGAAGACAGCCCAUCAUCAAAAGUUUCCAAAUGUACUCAUAUUCCAGGCAAACGCCGACAUACUGCAGUAUCUCUCAAAACAACUCAUCCUAGGAACGAUUCUGUAUGGGAACCCAGAUAAGGUCAUGACCAUCAUUAAGAAGACCAAGUACUCUUUAGGUAAACUUCCCACCUUAGACAGAGAUGAUUUGACAAACAUCAUAGACAUUUGUGGGCUUCCCAAUGACAAGAUCAUUGUUGCUCACAAGGGUACCAAAACUCUGACACUUUUGGAUCAACACUACAAGAUUGUCAGCCAAUGUUGCGCAUAUUCUUAUCCCAAGUCAAUUUGUCAAAUAUCUUCUACUUUGUUGGCCAUCGCUUCAAAUGAGGACACAAACCGUCAACGGUGCACUGUCCAAUUCAUAAACGUGAUUGAUAAUGAGCUGGACCUGGGAACAAUGUUUUGGUUAGAUCAUACCUGCACCAGUAUCGCCUACCAUCAAGACAGUCUAUUUAUCACGUCAGGCACUGCCUUGAACCAAUACUCUUUGAUUGGAAAACUGGUAAAAAGGCUGUACCAGGACCCAUCUGGUCUUCGAACAGUUCACAAGUGUGUUGUUGGACCCAACUGUGGAAAGCUGUACAUUACAAAUUUGGAUCAAAACAAACUCCUUACUCUCAAUGCGGAUGGAGCUCUUCUCUCGAUCUUCACUGACCCCCAAAUUACUGAUGCUUUCACAGUAUAUGUGACACCUUUGGGACAAGUGUUAGUCUGUGAUGGAUCAUCCAAAACUAUCAUUCAGCUGGAUGGAGAGGGAAAGAGCAAACUGGCUACCCUUGCCACAGGGCAAGAUGGAGUGAGUGGCCCAAUGUCCCUCUGCUACAACACAAACACUGACUCAUUGAUUGUUGCUCUGUGGUACAAUAACACAAUGUUGGUGUUUGAUGUUUUACCAGAAACUUUUCCUCGGAAAUUCAGAUAUCCAAAAUUCAAAUGUCUGUAAGGCUAUGAAAAAACACUUAUACCAUGAUUAGGGGUCAAACUUGAAUCCGAUUCGCAGUUAGAAAAAUAACUCAUGGAUCUGGGACAAAGCUUAUGCCAACCAUACUUGGUCCAAUGCAGGAAAGGGAAGAUACAGAGUUUAUUUGUAGAUAGAUUAUAUAUUUGGGGUUAUAUUGUCGAAAAGUUCAUUUUAAGCAUUCUUGUCAUUCCAAAUAACGUGAAUGUGCACAACAAAUGCAAGUAAGUCGAUUUAUGGUAUUCUGAAAACGGUAAAAAUAUUUGGGACAAAUAAAUGACAAAUUUCUGAAGCAGCAUUUCAUUCAUGCCUUCACAUUAAAGUAAGAAAUGUUUUAUUAAAGGAUAAACAUGUGUAGUAGAUUUUCCUCUCCUUUUACAAUUUUAACCAGAAAAUAAUGAUAAAAAGAAUGACA